AUUUUUUCAGAAUACAACCAUAUGAAGUUGUUGUGAUACAUAUUCAAAUUCGAAACAAAAUUUGUGGUGUGGAAAAAAAAUUAAAAAAAGGAAAAAUGCAUAAAUUCUCAAGGAGUUCAAAAUGUUGUCCAACAUUUGAUCAUCUGCCCGAAAAUAUAAGUUGUUUUUUACCAGACAUCAACAAGAGUUGGCAUCGACUGAUGGAACGCCAUAAGCAUAUGUUUACGAAACGUAAACGUUUACUCAAAGUCGCGCAGCAUAAUCGACCCAUCAGAGGACGAUUCAUACCACAAUGUCCUUGUAAAUAUAGGAAGCCCAUUGAAUUUGUGCGCGAAAUGCCAGUACGCACGCGCACAGAACAAUUGGCUUUACCAGCGGUGCGGAGACUACUCUUAUUUAAAGAAACCGUUAAGGAGUUGUUUGACCCUUUCCGCAUAAUGGGCAUAAAUCGCUUAAUACGUCUGAGCUUGCUGUCUGUAUAUAGUCGCUUGACUAACAUACAACCGCCACAGAAAAAAGUUCCAAUACAUAAAUGGGAUGAUGCUGAAUGGAAAAAACAUACAAAAUAUCUUAAAAAGUUGUCGAAACCUAGGAAAGAGCCAAAGCAACCGAAAUUGCCUGUACAAAGAAUGAAACUCGAUAAGAUGACACGCUUCAAAGAACUUGCUUUACCAAAAACGCACGAUGAACCAGCUAAAGAACCUUGGUCGCUAACACCAGCCAUGAAGACUUAUGAGCCAUCGGAGAAUAUAAAGAAAAUGGCGCAACCAAUAGUGCAUGAUGACUCCGCGCUUAUACAAAGCUUACCACCACCUAUUAGUCCAACCGCUUUAACCUAUAAAGCCACCAAACGCACUAAGGAGUUGGCUACUGCACGCGAGAAGGGAGUGGGAGAAUCGGACCUAAAGGAGAAUCCAUUCUCUAUAUCGCCGAAUGCGCUCAAGGCACGUCCCACCGCACGCAUCAAAGAGUUGGCUGAGCCAAAGGAAUAUGAAAAUGCACAUAUACGUGAAAAUCCCUUCGCAAUUUCUCCGGCUGCACUUAAAGCCAAAGCAUCACCAAGGAUUAUUGAGCUUGCAAAGCCCAAGGGCAGUUAAUAUUUUGUUACUUUGUAAUUUAAAAUUCCCAGUUAAAUUUAAAUUAGUUGUGUUUGUAUUUAAAGUUUUUUAUAAAAAUCCAUAAUACAAUACAUGGAAAUAAAAGAGCCUAAUAACCAUA